GCUCAAUCGACCCAAGCAUUUUUAAAUGUGCUUUGAGUCUUGGGGCCUCCCAGGGUGAAGGACAGAUGGAGGUGCCAUCACGGCUCUCGCCGGAGACGGGAGGAACCUUCGGGCAGGCUUACAAGCCCAAAGAAGCAGCCUUCUAUGGCCGGCUUAAGGAGGCCACCAUGGAUCUGGGAGCAGCCCACAUAGACUCGUUGCGUGCAAUCUUCACCUCACGGGUGCUUCAAACUCGAGCGCGUCUGCACGGACUGACACUCUCAAACUCGCAAAACCUGGACAUCAAACGUCAUCAGUAUGGACUGCGAGGUAAUGUCUUGGCGCUGGGCCUUGGCCUGCUCGAGCGGACCGAGGCCGUGUUGGACUUGCUGCUGCAGCUUGCCGAGAGCCAGGAGCACGGCGAGGAUCACGUUGCAGCUGUGCAAGAUGCCGUGACAGAAGAUUGUCACCGUCCCAUCAGCUUUCUGCAAGUGCCUCGAGUGAUCUCCACGCAGGUUCUACAAACCAUUGUGGUGCCAUUGUCAAGAUCGCACACAGUGAGAGUAACAUACGUGGGAGUGCAGGACACCUGCAGUUCGUUGAUGAACCUCCUUCGAGUCCAAGAACUAUGGCAACUUCUGCGAGGGUUGCAUAGCUGGGCCCAGGAGAAGCAAAAAGAGUUGACCGAUGAUGUUGGCACCACUGGAACUCCUGCCGUUGCAGUUCGUGCUGCCAACAUUGCGCGCCGCGGCUGUGAAAGGCUGCUCGGUGAGAGCCGUUUUGAGCGAUUGCUGAAUAGUCACAUCCUGGUUCGCCUCCUUGGGGAGAGAACUUCAGCAUCCACAGAGGACACCAAUUUCCCUCAGACCCAGGCUGGUGUGCUUGUAGAGGAAGUUUUUGAAGGUCAACGAAGAUUCGACCAGUCAAGGUUGGGUGACCUGGGAGAGUUGCAGAGUGGAAGUGGUCGUUGUAUCCACGUCGUCGUGAAAAAUUCCUUCAUCGAGCUUGUGGAGGAAAAGUCUCCACGAGAAUUGCGACGGGCACAGUCUUGCGAUGCAGUCUUCGCAGCUGCAGAGAGGGCCCAGGAAAACGCUGUGACUGUGGCCAUUCAACCCUCCCUUCAAAUGGGUGAAGCAGAAAGAGGUGACUCGCCUGUGGCGGUAGUUACAAUACCUUCAGAUCUCAGCGACCAUCACAGCAGCUCCAGCAGAGCACAACCCGCCGAAGUUGCGGGCAAUGUGCCGUCCGUCGAACUGGCCAUUGGACACGCAGGUGAGGAGAUCGUGGAUGACCACGAGCGUAUGACGGUAAUGCUUCGCAACAUCCCGCAAGAGUUCACUCGUGACCACAUUCUCCACUUGCUCGAUUGGGCAGGUUUCCAUGGCAGGUACGACUUCGUAUAUUUGCCCGUGGACUUUACCAGGGGCCGUAGUUUAGGGUAUGCCUUGGUUGGAUUGGUCAGUCACGAAGCUGCCCAAGACCUUCUUGAGCGUCUUGAGGGCUCAAGCUUUCCUGGGGAAGACCCGAGUUUGCGAUGCCAAGCUUCGUGGAGCUUGCCCCAUAGAGGUCUUGAAGGCCACAUCGAGCGUUACCGCAACAGCCCUGUGAUGCAUCCAAGCAUGCCAGAUGAGUACAAGCCUGUGAUCUUCGAGAACGGCCAGCGAGUUGACUUCCCACCGCCGACCAAGACGAUUCGGGCUCCUCGGAUUAGACAUCCGAAAGCCGGCCGCCGACCCGCGCAAGAAACCAGGGCAGGGUGAUGAGGUAGGUGAGUCCUCGCUAAAACUGGUGAGGUGAGGUGCGAUCUCUGUACAAAAGCACUGUAGCACCAUGUACAAAAGAUUGCAAGGCAGGGCCUUGCUUCAACCAGUUUGGAAGAUCCUUUUCACGCUUUCGCAAGCAGACCUUGAUUUAGUGCAAUUGAGAACCUUAAU